AUGCUUUCUACAUUUAAGCUUUCUAAGAACUCAUUUCAGAAAAGAAUUGUUAAUGGUUUGAGUCCACAUAAAACUGCCUUAGGCUCUUUUCAAUCGAGUAGGUUUUACUCUAAUUUACCAUUAGAAAUUCCAAUUACUUUACCAAAUGGUAUUAAAUAUUCUCAGCCAACAGGAUUAUUUAUUAACAAUGAAUUUGUGAGCUCUAAACAAGGUAAUACGUUUGAAGUCCUUUCACCAUCAACAGAAGAAGUUGUUGCAUCGGUUUACGAAUCUCGUGAUGAUGAUGUCGAUAUAGCUGUACAGCAUGCACUGAGAGCAUUUGAAGAAUCUUCAUGGACAAAAGCAGAUCCAUCACAGAGAGGUUCUGCAUUAUACAAAUUAGCAGAUUUAAUUGAGGAGAAUUUUGAAACUAUUGCUUCUAUUGAAACUAUGGAUAAUGGUAAAUCUAUAGGAAACGCGAAAGGUGAUGUUGCGUUAGCAAUUUCUGUUUUAAGGUCGACAGCUGGAUUUUCAGACAAGAUAUUGGGUUCUGUUAUUGAAACUGGUGACACCCAUUUCAAUUUUACUAGACGUGAACCACUAGGCGUUUGUGGUCAAAUUAUUCCAUGGAAUUUUCCAUUAUUAAUGUUCACCUGGAAAAUAGCCCCUGCAUUAGUAGCUGGUAACUGCGUAGUUUUGAAAUCAUCUGAAACAACGCCAUUGUCUGCAUUGUAUGUUUGUAAUUUGAUUAGAGAAGCAGAUAUUCUCCCCCCAGGGGUUCUUAACGUUUUAAGUGGGUUUGGUAAGUAUACUGGUAAUGCCAUAACUGAGCACCCUCUAAUUAAAAAGGUUGCAUUCACUGGCUCGACUGCAACUGGUAAGACUAUUAUGAAAAAGUGUGCUGAGAGCAAUUUGAAGAAGGUCACUCUAGAGUUAGGAGGAAAAUCGCCUCAUAUUAUUUUCAACGAUGCUGAUUUGGAAACAGCAUUGAAGUCUGUAGUUGCUGGUAUAUUUUAUAAUUCUGGUGAAGUUUGUUGUGCUGGUUCUCGUCUUUACGUUCAAGAAGAUAUAUAUGAUUCUUUUGUUGAAAAAUUUGUUCAGUUUGCUAACUCUGAGGUUAAAGUCGGUAAUCCAUUUUUACCAGAGACUAUUCAAGGUGCACAGAAUAGCGUUAAUCAAUUAGAAAAGAUUUUAAAGUACAUACAGAUUGGUACUGACGAAGGUGCAAAGUUAUUGGCUGGCGGAGAAAGGUUACAAGAAAAGGGAUAUUUCAUCAAGCCAACCAUUUUUGGCGAUGUGAAGGAAGAUAUGAGGAUUGUCCAGGAAGAAAUCUUCGGUCCAGUGAUAACUAUUACUAAAUUUAAAACAACCGACGACGUAGUUCGCAUGGCUAAUAACACAGAUUACGGGUUGGCUGCUGGUGUUCAAACCUCGAAUUCGAGCAGAGCAAUUGAUGUCUCACGCAGGUUAAAGGCAGGUACCAUCUGGGUGAACACUUAUAAUGACUUCCAUCCAAUGGUUCCAUUCGGAGGAUAUAACCAAUCUGGUAUGGGCAGAGAAAUGGGAGAAGAAGUAUUACAAAACUAUACUCAGACAAAAGCUGUUAGAAUGGGUAUUAUUAAACCAAAAGAUUAA